AAACAAACCGCGCCCCCUCCCUCUCUCAUCAGUCAAAUUCUACUGACUACAACCGGAAUAAAUAACGAAGAGAGAGCGACAGAGACGGAAUCGUUAUUAGGGUUCCGCCUCUAGUUCUGUUGUUGUGAUCUCGAAUCAUUCGUUUCGGACCUGACCUCUUUGAUUGGUUCAUUCCCGGUAAAACAACUUUGUAACGAUUCAGAGACAUGGAUGUUGCGCUUCAUUCGUCGAGUCUCCCAUUGGCAAAUGCGCAUAGUUCAACAAGCGGCACUCAUUCAACGAAGCGAUGGAGUGUCAUCACCAUGGUGGAAGUCAGGGUUUCGAACGCAAAUUCAGCGAAAUUCGUGGCUUUGUCGCACUCGGCUAGGAGUAAGCGCGUGAUCAGAUUCAAGUGCGUUGGAUCGGAGUCGGCAGAGAACGCGGUCAGAAUUUUGGAGGAAGUAGAAACUGAUUCUGCGCCGAAAACUGACGAUGGAAGUGCUGGAGGUGGAGACGGGAGCAACGGCAGUUUUCCUCCCGGUGGAGGUGGCGGGGGCGGCGGCGAUGAGGACGAUAACGAUGAGGAGGAGUUUGGACCGGUGAUGAAGUUUGAAGAAGUUAUGAGAGAGACCGAAAUGCGGGGGGCCACUCUUCCUUCCGAUAUGCUGGAGGUUGCGAAGGCUACUGGACUUCGUAGACUGCUUCUUACUCGAUAUUUGGAUUUGCAGGGAUCAAUUUGGCCGGUAGGCUUUUUGAUGAGGUACUGUGGGAUGCUGAGAAAUAGAAUGCUUGCUGAUCCAUCUUUUCUUUUCAAAGUUGGAACAGAGGUAGUGAUUGAUUCUUGCUGUGCAACAUUUGCUGAAGUUCAGAAAAGAGGGAAGGAUUUUUGGGCAGAGUUUGAGUUGUAUGCUGCAGAUCUUUUGGUUGGCGUGGUUGUUGAUAUAGCUUUGGUGGGAAUGUUGGCACCAUAUGCCCGAAUAGGGAAACCAGCUAUAUCGAGUGGUUUGUUUGGACAAAUCAAACAUGCUUGUGGAGCUCUUCCUAGCAGUGUUUUUGAAGCUGAAAGGCCAGGAUGUAAAUUCACAGUGAAACAGCGCAUAGCUACAUACUUUUACAAGGGCAUAUUGUAUGGCUCAGUUGGAUUUGUGUGCGGUCUUAUUGGCCAAGGCAUUGCAAAUUUGAUCAUGACAGCGAAAAGAAACAUCAAAAAGUCAGAGGAGGACAUUCCUGUGCCACCUUUGGUGAAAAGUGCUGCUCUUUGGGGUGUUUUUCUUGGGGUUUCUUCCAACACUCGCUAUCAAAUCAUAAACGGACUGGAACGCCUGGUUGAAGCUUCUCCUUUGGCAAAGCAGAGCCCACCUGUUGCUAUGGCUUUUACAGUGGGUGUCCGAUUUGCCAAUAACAUCUAUGGUGGCAUGCAAUUUGUCGAUUGGGCUAAAUGGAGCGGUGUGCAGUAGUGGCUCACUUCCAAGAACAAGUUUUGCUGCUUUCCCUAUUAGAUAGAUGAUAAACUAUGGUGUUUAUGUUUUUACCAUCUGCUUCAAUUGCAAUGUCAUUCUUAUAGCUAGUAGUUUUCUCACAUUGCGAUUGCAAAAACCAAUUGUUAGGUGUUAAUGCUUCGUCAAAGCCUGCAAAUUUUGUUUGGGGAGCGUUUUUGUAUGAUAAACAAGUUUGUUAUUUUCAUGUUGUAGUAUUACUGAAAGGUUUCCAGUUUCCAGGUAUUUAAUUCCUUUGGGCUUAUGUGGAAUGAUUAGUUAUUAGAUC